AUGAAGGCGAAAUUACUGCUUAUCACAGCUUCCAUUGCUACUGUAACAUCUCUGCCAACCACUGUACCAACAGCCAUUCAUUUACCAUUGCGACACACUCGACAUUCAUCCUUUGGAAAACGAUCGUUACUCACAGGCAACAGCAACGAAAUUCCUCUCAUCAAUGACCUUGAUCUAUGCGAAGUAGCAGUAAAAGUGCAAAUCGGUACACCAGCCCAGGAAUUCGUGCUCCUGUUUGAUACAGGCAGUGCUGAUACCUGGAUACCAUCACAGCAAUGCACCACAGAAACCGGAUGCCCUGAUUUCCUGCAUCACUAUGAUACCAGUGCCUCCACUAGCCAUCAGAAAAUCGAAAAUGAUACACUGAGCAUCACUUAUGGCAUUGGUAGUGCUGAGGGCCAUUAUUUUCAGGACAUUGUUUCCUUGGGCGAUCAAUACAUCAACCGACAACAGACACUCGCCAUGAUCGACAAAGCCGUUGGGCCAAUUUCACAGCAAAAUCAAUCAACUGAUGUAGACCAUGUGUUUCUAGACGGCAUCUUUGGCGCAGGAUUACCUGCAGGAACAGUAAGUUAUUUGCACGGUGGUGACAUGUAUGACCCUUUGAUCGUUGCACUCUACAAAUCCAAAACGAUUCCAAACCCUGUCUUUUCAGUAUCCAUUGCACAAGAUGAUACAGAAGGCAGCGUCAUCUUGGGCGACACUCAUCCAGGCUACAGCUAUAUUUACACAGCUGCUGUAGGAUCUCGGUGGUCAGCUUAUAUCACUGAUUUCGAAUUCCAAACGGCCAACGAAACCAAGAACUUUCAGUUUAAUCAAAAGACCCCAUUUGGUAUCGAUACAGGAUCUAAUUUUAUGUACCUUCCUGGAUCACUCGCCCAAGAUUUAGCCAAAAGUAUCACUCAAAACAGCACACUGAGCCAAGAAAAAUCAGGCAUUUAUGUAGUGGAUUGUCAAUUUCAAGAUAGCCAAGAUCUCGUCAAGAUUUACUUUCCCUCCAGCGAUUAUGAAGGCAAACGCAUCUUUAUCUCGAUACCUGUCAAGGAGCUGAUAUCUAAAAGAGAAAGCGAUGGCAAAUGCUUAUUGUUAUUUUUGCCCUCAGAUGACAAGUUUAUUCUUGGUAAUAUGCUACUUCGACAUUUCAUCACAGUAUACGACUUUGGUGGCUCUGCUCCCCGGAUUGGCUUUUCUCCUGUGAAUAACAAUAUCAGCACUAACAAAUUCUUGAAUGAAAUACUAUAA